GUUGACAUGAGAUUUGGAAAUUGAUUGUUGUGUUUAUCUUAAUUGUUCCUAAUUUAAUUACUGUUUAAAGUGAAUUAAUUUUAUUCCAUAAAAUGAGUUAUAUAAUUUUUAGUAAAUUUAGAUCAAGAAGCAAAUGAUUGAAAAGAUAAUUUAUUCUUAUUGGUGGUUUAAAUUUCUUAUUUCUUCUUAUUCUAUUUUUUUUAUAUGUUUCCAAUCAAUAAGAUUAGAUUAAAGUGAAUCUAAUUCUGGUCUCCCGGUGAUGGCUGGAUGGAAAUCAAAGAAGCGUCUAGUCCCUGCUAUUUUAGCUUGGCUUCUCUUAAUUACCUGUACUACCUUAUUUUUUAUUUCUCCCUGUCAAUAUUUACAAAAUAAGUAUUCGAUCUCAAUCACUAUUGUUCAAGCUGUUAUCUCUCUUUUUGUGAUAACCAAUUUCUCUUAUGCCACCUUUAUGGAUCCUGGUAUAAUACCCAAGUCAAAUUCAGUUGAAGAAGAUAAUUUUGCUGAUCCUGCUCCAUUAUUUAAAUCGGUUCAUAUUAAUGGUCUAUCUAUACGAAUGAAAUGGUGUUAUACUUGUCAAUUUUAUCGGCCACCAAGAUGUUCUCAUUGUAGUGUUUGCAAUAAUUGUGUUGAAACUUUUGACCAUCACUGUCCAUGGGUUAACAAUUGUAUCGGCCGGCGUAAUUAUCGCCAUUUCUUUUUCUUUCUCAUCUUUCUUAGUAUUCACAUGAUCACCAUUCUCAGUUGGUGUAUACUUUACCUUCUUGAUCAUGAAGUUAAUCCUCAUGAGCAUGAUACAUUUAUAGCAUUAAUUAUUAGUGGUAUUAUUUUACUUCUAAUCAUUCCAAUCAUUGGAUUAACUGGACUUCAUAUUGUCUUGGUUGCUCGUGGUCGAACCACCAAUGAACAGAUAAGCGCUAAAUUUCAAAGUGUUUUUAAUCCAUUUUCAAAAGGAUGCCUUUCGAAUUAUUGUAAUAUAUUAUGUGGACCAGUUCAUACCCGUUAUCAACCUCAGGCCGUUAGAAGGAAAAAAAGGCGAUCCCCUUCCGUUAACAUGUCAAACAAUGGCUACAAUUCUUUACAGUUUGAUAAUAGUAAACGUGAUAAUCAACCAAGACAAGUUUUCGUCGAUGAAGAGAAUAAACUUCUUUAUCCAAAAUCACCUGGUAAAAGUUCAUCUGUCACCGAAAUGUCAACACCAUCAUUUUCACCUCGUCUCAAGCAUCAAUCAGCUUUAAGUGCUUCUCAAACCGGCGGUUUGAUCAUUUAUUAUUCACCUGAUAGUUUAAAAACGACUACAUCUCUAAGUCCAGCUAAAAGUCUUGAUGGUGAUUCCAUUAGACAAAGUAACCAUGAUGUUAGCUAUGAAAUCUCAGUUUAAUUUCAUGAUCUGAAAUCUAUUAAGCACAAAUUGAAGACUUAGUGGUCGAGAAGACGAUUGAGCCAACAAACAAUCAGAUCCAAGCUCAAUGUCUCUUACAUUUUUAUCUUCAACACAAUUUUUAGUUGAUCAACUGGAAAAAAGAGAUGCAUUUGUUAUGAAAUGAAAUUAAACCUUGGGAAAAACAUAUCAAAUCAACUGAUUGCAACUUUUCUUAAAUCGUCGAUACUAUGAAAACCACCAAGAACUCUUUCAUUUGGAAAUAAAUUUUAAUAAUAUUCGAAUCUGA